GAGGCGCUGGUGGUGGCAUUUAAUUGGCUUGGAGCUUGGGGUUUUUCGUAAAAUUGUGUUUGCCUGUGGAAAUUCAGUAAAAUCAUGGAAAAUAAUAAGCAUAGUCGUGAUUAUGCCAACUCAAAUUCCGUGGGUGGUGAUGAGGGUGACGCCUGGGGUGUUCACGAGAAUAACACAAAGAGUGGCCCUGCAUGGAUGCCCGUUGAUCGGUAUGCAUCGGAAUACAACAUGAAGCACAAGAAGCGCGGAAUGGCUGUGAUUUUUAACCAUGAAACCUUCACGAAUCAAACACUUAAACCCCGAGCUGGGACAAAUGUUGAUGCUGAGAAUCUCGCCAAUUGCCUGAAGAAGCUGCACUUUAGCGUGGAGAUUUGCAAGGAUUACAUGUUCAAGGAGAUUCAUGCGAAAAUUGAGAAGCUCGCUAAGGCUGAUCAUACGGAUGAAGAUUGCAUUCUCAUUGCAAUCCUUUCGCACGGGGAAUUCGGGAGUAUCUAUGCACGCGACCAGAAUUACAAUCUCGACUCAAUUUGGUCAUUCUUCACGGCUGAUCGAUGCCCCACACUUGCCGGGAAGCCCAAACUCUUCUUCAUUCAGGCGUGCCAGGGGGAUCGCCUGGAUGGUGGUGUGACGCUCCUUCAGCGCACUGAAACGGAUUCCGGAAGUGUCUCCAGCAUGUCCUACCGCAUCCCAACGCAUGCUGACUUCCUCAUUGCCUACUCCACCAUUCCGGGGUUCUAUUCGUGGCGCAAUACCACCAAAGGGUCCUGGUUCAUUCAGUCGCUGUGCUCUGAGCUCGCCACCAGUGGAACGAAGUAUGAUCUCCUCACGCUCCUAACGUUCGUCUGCCAACGUGUGGCGCUUGAUUUUGAAUCCAACACCCCCGAUUGUGAGGCAAUGCACCAACAAAAGCAAAUUCCCUGUAUUACCACCAUGCUGACGCGUAUUCUGCGCUUCCAGGAAAAGUGAAUUAUAAUCUCAAAAUUAAAGUUUUAUCUCAUGGACAGGAGCAACUCGACUGCUCGCCAUCCCAUCUCAAACUUAAAUCAAUUUUAACUAAAAUUGUAUAAAUAAAGAAUUAGUUUUGAUACGAA